AAUGACAGUGUGUGCGUGCGCUAUAUUGCAUCUACAUUGAACACCAGUGAGCGGUGGGUGGAAGUAAAUAACAUCAUAACAAUAGAGAAUACCGCGGUUUAUAAUUAGCAGACGAGCUUUCUUUCGACAUAAUAACAAUCUCUCAUUUUCCCCGUUGGAUUCAUAAUAUGCAUAUCCUGUAUGCUAUCAGCAGAGUCUCGGCCAAGAUUUUGGCCUGCGACUAAAGUGUGAUUUUGAGCAGGUAUUUACCAUGAUGGAGGAGGAGGAAUUGGACAGGACACAUCUUUGUGAACUGUGAAAUUAAGCGAUCGAUACUCUCACAUUCCAAGUUGUGACAUCGCAGACAGAAGUGCAAUUAAAUGGUGUAAUGACUCAGUCGUUCAAUGUCCAGUUGGCAUGACUUAAAGUCUUUUUCGUCCUUAUCGCAGUUCGACUUAUAGUGAAACAUGGCGCUAGAGAGGAAUCAUAUACAUUUCCUGAAUAUGCUGAUAUACAUUUCCUGAAUAUGCUGAUCUACUUUCCUGAAUAUACUGAAUGAUAUACCUUUCCUGAAAAGCGGAAUCUACACUAUGAAGCUACAAUUGUUUUGCCCUGGGGAAUCUUUUUGAAAGGACCACUAAAUAUGCAGGCCUAUGAGAGGGUAUAUACUUGGUUCGUCUGUAUGCUCUCUUGAUGGUGAACAGAAAUCGAAUAUCAUUCCGAUAUUCAGGAUGAAAUGAUUUCUGUUUACAAUAUUUAGACGUUAUCUAAGCUCUUCCGACUCUGUAGGUCAUAUGAGAAUGGCAAUCGAUGAAUCAAUAGACGCACAUAGUAAUUGCAAUGUCAAGUGAAGUGAAGGGAAGGGCAUAUAGAGGUUUGUUCCCUUGCCGACUUUACAGGCAACACAAGUGAGUUUAACAGUAAUGGCUCUGGUAAAAUGCAAUUUUUUUAGUGAAACAUCGCCAUGGCCUCGACGGCUGAAUCAACGACUGAGACAUGGGGUAGUGGCGAAAACGAAACAAGCUCGCUGAUUAAUAUAGUAAACUUUACAACCAUUACUGUGACAUCAUGGAAUGUAACGACGGCCGUAACGAGCGUUACAUCGAAUGUCUCAGUUACAUUGUCGACCACGGUGGCUGCGUUAGUCAACCUGUCGACAAAGGAUGCGGGAUCGAAUACCAUCAAGCUCGAUUCUUUGACGACGAGUGCGAUCGUGCAGCCGUCAUCGGAACCGUACACGGACAACGCUUUGAGGAUCUUUGCCGGUGUCUUGAUGAUCUUCAUAACCGCCUUCGCUUUGAUUGGGAAUCUGGGGGUCAUUACUGGUUUGCGUCAUAAAUGCUUCCACGACCGGGCCUUGUACACCUACUUGAACAACCUGGCCAUCACCAUCAUGUGCGACUGCCUCUUCAAUGCUCCUUUCAUCAUAGGAGCGAUGCUCUCCGACGGUACCAUGUGGCUGGAUGCUUCUUUCCUCUGCCCGGUCACAUCUUUCAUUGGUAAUUUAAUUCAUACCCAGAUCAUCAUGAGUCUAAUGCUGCUGGUCCUGGAUAGGAUGCUGUCCCUGAAGUACUCUGAAAGUUACAUCAGGAAGACCGUUGGUGUGAGAGCUAACUUGAUAUCUGGAUACUCGUGGAUCCAUUCAAUGGCCUUUACCAUAGCCAUCGUAGUCACAUCUGUCGAGAGUGACUAUUUCCAAGACAGAUAUCUAUGCUCAGUCGUAUAUAAGAACAACCUGGCAUACAAUGUUAUUUACUCACUGCUAUGUAACAUAGCUCCUUGGGUGACCGUGAUGUGCUGCUAUAUCUACAUCGUGGCGUUAGCAUCUGAAACAAACGCAAGGGAUAAUGUCCUAGCUGAAGCAGGUUACGGAGAACUGACUGGACCCAUUGGGACAGCCACAGAACUAAGUCACGCCAAACCAGUCGGUGUCUUGAUAUUUUUGUGGUGUGUGCUAAUCGGACCCUUUCAUAUACUAGGAAUGAUUUAUCUAUACUCCGGGGUGACUAUGAUCCCUGGAGUGUUGUGGACAAUCUUCACAUGUUUCAGAUUUAUAUUUGACUUCUUUGUUGCGGUAGUUAUUCUCGUCGCCUGGCCGGAAUCCUGGAGAGAAUGCAAACAUUUUAUCACAUGUCGUCGGGACAAUGCAAUAACAGAGCACGGUAUUCGUAACGGUAUUCCAGGAGUGCGUUCUUCAUGGGCUGAAGGAAGCGAUGGGUCCGUCACUGACAGGUCAACACUUGAUAGAUCAACACUCAGCAGAUCGUUCAACGUUCCUGUUUUGUUUCCCACAUCGAAUGGUCUACAGCUUCAGGUCAGUUCUAGGGGAAGUCGGGAUGGUGGGGACAUCGAAGUAGCGGACUACGCGUCUGAGGAAAAGUUCCGUGGCAGCAGACGCCCUCCUCCUUACCUCCCACCUCUCUUUAGCGUCGUCCAAAGCAGUGAGGAAGAUAGCUUUAAUACAGACAGUAGCAUGCCUUUGAAAGGCGAAGACAAUGGCCUAUUUGAUCUAAAUGAAUCGGCUGAUAGCAAAACUGCAAUUUCACAGUUUCAAUUAUCUUUGGGUAAAGCUGAAGAUUUCCAUGCUCUGAAAUCUACGACGCCUGGAAGUGACUCGCAGACUUCACCGCGACAUAAACAAGAAUCACAUAAGGAAUACUCCCCAAGACAUUUCCAAAAAUAUUCCCAAGGAGAAUCUAAAACCAGACUUAGCCUUACUAGCCCCGUUCUUCAGCAAGGCGGAAGACAAAAGAAAAUUGAUACAUCCCCGAGAGACAAUCCUUCAAAUGAAGUAACACCUCAUUCCGAGAAAACACAAGACAAAGAUGUGCAAGGAAGAGCGAGACGGGUGAGCAAAAACGAAACUAUGGAAACAAAUACCUCAUCUCCGACCAAGGAACAAAACCAAAGAAAACCAGAUCCAAGAGAACGAUCUAAGAAAGUAACCGUUACUAGCGGAAACAAUACCAACACCACUAAUGUCAACAAAGCAUCUCAUGAAAGAGACGAUGAUGGAGGAGGACAUUCUGGAAGGGGAGCUGAGAAAAGCGUUGCUGAUGGAGAUAAGGGAGGAGGAGGAGGAGGAGGAGGAGGAGGAGGAAGUGGUGGUAGUAGUGGUAAAGGAGGGAGGCGCGUCAGUGGUACAGGAAACGGAGGAGCAGUGGGACGAGGUCUCAGGAGCAGAGAUGAGCCGGAGAAAAAACAAAGACAUUCCAGUGGAAAGAGUAUAAAUAGUAAUUCAUCGAGUCCAAGAGAAAAUGGUUCAUCUACCAAGGCUCAGGAUAGCCCAGCCAGAUCGAAAUGAUGCAGUGUCAGUGCAAGAUGUCGAGAUAAUGGAUACGGACUUGAGCAAGCGGUCAAUGCCAAGUAUCGCCAGUGACACAGUUACUAAUUACCCCUGUACCACCAAAGAGAAAUCAUCAUUCAACAGUGAGCACUUUCAACCUAAUUAUGAUGAUUAACAUAAAUUAGAUGAAAGUAUUUCUCAACCCCAUGUCCAUUAGCUGUAUUGUAAUUAGUCUACCCUUUGUUAUCAGACGUCAUUUAGAGUCAUGUUUACUCAAAACGUUCAGUAAAUUGAGAGCUGGGGAACUUCUAGUCGAACUGUUCUUAAUUAAACACGCAACAUCAUCCGUCAAAUAUCAGUCCACAAGUUCCCCGUGUAUUUAUUGAUUCGUUUUCCCAAAUUCUGGUAUCAUUCGAUUCUGGUGAUGGAAGAGAAAUAAUUCGCCUGUCGUUUAUAAAAGUAAACAUGUAUAAGCGAUUCUUAGGCAUAGCCAGGGUAGGUAACCCAAAGGAAAUAUACACGUACAUGUACAUAUACGUUCCCAACUAUAUCAUUGAAUAGUAAUAUGGAGCUGUGAACAUAAAUCGACAUAAAAUAUAUAUAUAUAUUUUUUCUUUUACUGGUGACAUUUUGUCUGGCUCGGGCUCUAUGGUAGGGCUGUGAUCAGCUUGAUACAGUCAUCAGAUAAUUAUAUAAUACUGAAAUCUUAGAUGUGGUGAGUAAUGUCUUGGACCAAAUAGCUUGGACUCGCACAUUUAUUCUGUAAAGUACAUGGCAUGCUCCUAUACUGAACGUCAAUUAAAUGAUAGCAUUUUUGCUUGAUAAUUGGUUUAGAAUGUCUCUAUUCGAAGAAUACUUAUCUAUAAUCAGGGUCAAAAGAUUAUUUGUAAUGAUUUUACGGCAUGAUAGUUGUAAAUGCGUAUUGAAUCCGUUAAGAGGUCAUCUAUUGAAAACCUGACUACAACAAUCACUUUUUCCGACUUAUGCGGACAUUGAGAAGUGGUUGCAAAGUUUUGUGUCAUGAAAAUGAUGAAGGUGUACUUGAUGAACAGGUCUUUAAUUACACUUUUUUGUAGCUUACCUUGAUGUGUGAGUAAGCAACAGGCGUUUAUUUAUCUGUUUAAAAAAGGGAAAUCCCAAGUAAAUAAUGAUAGUUUGCAAGUGAAUGCCGUAUUCGCUUUUGAAUUCCAUGGGGUUAAAGAGCAAAUGAUGCUUUUCCAGGUAGUUAAUUAUUUGAAACAUAAGAAACUCUUGCAGUGGGUAUCGUGCUAAAGCAAAGAGAACAGUAUGCAUUUACUUCUAUGUGCCUUAAACUGCGAGUUAACACACCACAUAAACUUGAAAUCGAAGUAGCUGAGGGCAACAGAUUUAAAAACAAUAAAAUGUUAGUUUUAGAAACUUUCAAUCUGUCACAUUGGAUAAUGUAAUAACAAAAAUGAUCUGCGAAUUGUGACGGGAAUAUACCAGUGGUAUGUGAAUGAUAUUUUACAGUAUAAUUGUAAACAGAGUUGAAACCCAAUUUGUUGAGGGGGUGGCAUUAAGUCACCUGUCAAAUUAACCACAUUUCAUCGAAAUGGUUAUAUUUCAUCAGCACAUAAUAAUCACCGAACCACUACUGUUCUUUACUUUGUAUAUUAACAAAUGUGAGUCGACAGACAGUAUCUUUGUGAUUUGCUUUACGUCAUCCUCGAUAACUACUUUGCGCUACUUGAUAUCGCCGAUUUUAUCUCUGAUGAUCCAGCAAUUCCUACUGUUUGCCAUUGUUUGUCAAGAGGUGGUGCCAGAUUUAUGUAAAUUUUGUUGGUCCAAAAUCCCACAAUUUUCGAAAAGAUAAAAACAGUAUCAGAGUUAUCAUUAUGGAUAACAUUGUUUACAACAAUAAUAUUCAUGAUAUCAUUGCAUGCUCAUAUCUUCAUAACAAUGUCGAUCGAUGAGAUGACAAAAUUUCAUUUUUUUAAAAACUUAUGUAUUUGCAAAAUAUUAAUUAUUAAGUCUUUAAUUAAGUCUUUCUGUCUACUAGACAUCAACUGUGUGUGAUCGACUAAACCUUUCAGAGAUUCUAUGGUAGAUAUAUAUGUAUCUUACAUGUAACAACUACAAUUAUAAAGGUAUAAUAUCAUUAUUGUUUCAUGCAUGCAAUGACAGCGUCGUUUUCAUUUUUUAAAAAAUUUUAUGUGCCAGUAUCUUUCAUUGACAGUUGUACCAAUGUCUUUCUUAUUUUAUGGAUCUUUCAACCAUUUUGUAUACUUUUCUUGGCGAGCUUGAUUUAUAAUUGAUCAUCGUUUCAAUCUUAACCUUAAAUAUGCAUUUCAUACAAUAGUGUACUUGUUGUAAGUUCUUGUACUUGCAUUUCAUUUCUGCCAUGGUUCUAUGAAGAAUUGAUGUUGACUAGAAUCAAUUAUAGACCCCAAAUCAGAUGGGCUUAUCAAAUUCCAUUUCAAGAUAUUCAUAUGUUUAUAACAAUGACCCUUAACAUGCAGCCAUAUUUUGUGUGAAUUGUUUUGCUGUUUCACACUGUACAAAUCAACUAACCUAUAUUCUAACAGUGAAUAUCGUAUUGCAUGAGAAUUAAAAGAGAAUGGCGAGUAAAACCUGUAAUGAUUUACAAGUA